CUUUUUGAGAAAUUCAAUCCUCAAUCAUAGAAAAUCUUUGGUUGAUAGAAAGGAUAUGAGAUAUUUGAAACUAUUUAUAAUCAUACUUCAGAAAAAAUAUUAUAGCAGUUGUAAAUCAAUAGUAUGCUAUGGGUAUUGAAGCUCAUUGGAGAUAUACUACUGAGACUUAAAUUAAUGCACAGCCUAUAAAUCCAAUUUGAGAUUUAGAGGCUCUUAAUGAAGAUUUAGUAGUAAAUGAUUUUUUAAGAUAAUUCACAGUGAGCCAGCAUCUACAGAGCCUAUAUCACUUAAUAUUAGAAGGAAAUAUUUGAAUAGGAUAAAUAAUAUCCAAACAUAUUUGAUGAUCAUAAUGAUCCUCAUUAAUUCCUGCAGAUAUUCCAUUUGAAGGAGGCUAUGAACAUCAUCAUCCAAACAGCUAAAUCUGAUGAAAGAUAAAGAUAACCAG